AUGUGUUCCAUAGAAAGAAUUACCUCAUCAACAAGGAAGGUUAAAUUAAAACACUCAAUAAGAAAUGAUUCAAUGAAUGAAACUGUUGAUGAAGGUGUAAAAGUACGGAUUUGGAAUCCAACUGUAGCAAAUUUAAGUUUAAUGGCAUUGGGAAGCAGUGCACCAGAAAUUUUACUUUCAAUAAUUGAAAUUACAGCUAAUCAUUUUCAAAUUGGUGAACUUGGACCUGGCACUAUUAUUGGUUCAGCAGCAUUUAAUUUAUUAUGUAUCACAGCUGUAUGUGUCAUAGCUGUGUCAUCACCAACAGUUAAACGAAUUCAAGAGAAAUUCGUUUUUGCUACAACAACAUUAUUUAGCUGUUUGGCAUAUAUCUGGCUUUUAAUUAUAUUGAUUGUGAUAUCACCGAAUAUUGUAGAAUUAUGGGAAGCAGUAGUGACAUUUGGUCUUUUCUUUGUUUUAAUAAUUGUCGCAUACUUGAUGGAUAUUAAAAUUUGGAGAAAUAACAAAGCUCACCAAAACGAGGAAUAUCAAAUUGAUGAUACAGAUGAUGAGAAAUAUAAAGAUGACGAUAUUGAUAAAUAUCUUAGAAAAUUUGCUAGCGAAAUGGAAUUCGAAAAUAAUAUGGUUAAAGCAAUGAAUGAAGUAAGCAAUCAUAAAGCAUUACGUUAUAUAUUACGAUGGAUUUCACGAGUUUAUCCUGACCUUUCACCUCAUGAACAAUCCAAAUUAUUAGCUUCCAAAUUAAGAUAUAUGCAGACUCAUAGUCGUUUCUGGUAUCGCCUUCAAGUGAUACGAAAAUUAACUGCUUCCAUUCGAAAAAUAGAUUUGAAAUGGAAUUCCAAAAAAAUGCUGGAAGAAGCUGACAGAGUAAAAAAAGCAUCAGAAAUUGGUGAAACGAUAGAAUUUUCUGCUCGCGUAUAUUCAAUUGCUAAAGAAAGCACUAAAGUUAUGCUAAGAAUUAUUCGACAUGAGCCAACCAAUAAAACAAUUGCAUUUCACUAUUCGACAAAAAAUGGUUUAGCCAAAAAAGAUGUUCAUUUUCUAUCAAAAUCAGAAACUGUACAAUUUAAAUCAGGUGAAAAGAUCAAAGAAAUUUACAUAGAUUUGGUCGAAGGUGCAAUAUGGCAAAUUGGUGAUAUCUUCUACGUUCGUUUGAAAUUGCUUGAAAGUGAUCAAAAAAAUAUAAUUGGAGAGAUAAAUGUUGCAAGAGUUCAAUUCAUUGAUAAUUCUUCAACUUUAAUCACUAAACCAGUCGUACAAUUUGUCAAAAAUAAUUAUAUUGUGAAAGAAAAUCAAAAAUAUGUACGAGCUUUUGUCACCUGUGUUGGUUAUCAUAAUGAAUGCAAAUUAUUCAAUGUAUAUUAUGAAACAGAAGCUGUCACAGCUAAAUGUGACAAAGAUUAUAAAGGAAUUAGUAAUGGUAUAUUAACAUUUAUGAAUAAUGAAUAUGAGAAAUAUAUCGAUGUAAGAAUAUAUGAUGAUAUGAAUGAAGAAAAAGAUGAAACAUUUAAUAUACAUUUGAUCGCUUCAUCAGCGGAUGAUGUAACAAUUGGGCCAAAUAAAUGUGCUGUAAUUACAAUUAUAUGUGAUGAUAAUGUAUUAAAAAAUAUGAUGAAUAUACGAAAAUUAACAUCAUAUUACUUUAAGCAAGCAACAUAUAAAUCUAAUACAUGGCUAGAACAUCUUAUUCAAGCGACAAGUGUUAAUGCUGGUGAUAUUGAGAAUGCAACAUUGAUAGAUUGUAUCCUUCAUAUUUUAUCAUUUCCAUGGAAAGUUAUAGCUGCGUUAAUACCGCCGAUCACAAUUCUCGGCGGAUGGUUAUCCUUCUUUUGUGCGCUAAUUGUAAUUGGCUUUAUCACUGCUAUCAUAGGUGAUCUAGCGAGCAUACUUGGUUGUAUGAUUGGUUUAAAAGAUGCUAUUACAGCAAUAACUUUAGUUGCAUUAGGUACCAGUUUACCGGAUACAUUUGCAUCAAAAAUUGCAGCUGAAAAUGAUGCCACAGCUGAUAAUGCCAUCGGUAAUAUAACAGGUUCUAAUGCAGUAAAUGUAUUCCUUGGACUUGGCUUACCAUGGACUAUUGCUGCUAUAUAUUGGUCCACUAAAAAUGAGCCAUUUAUUGUUAAUGCUGGCAACUUAGGCUUCAGUGUUGCAAUAUUCAUGGCUACAUCUGUAAUUUGCAUACUAUUGCUAAUAGCUCGAAGAAUUUUGGCAUUUUUUGGAAAAGGAGAACUUGGAGGUCCAAUAGGACCAAAAAUUCUCAGUGCUUUGAUUCUCAUUAUUCUUUGGUUAAGUUAUAUAUUGUUAUCAACUUUACAGACCUAUAAUUACAUUUCUGUUUAA